AUGUCAGCAAAUCCACCAUCGACUGUGACUGAUGUUAAGCUCGCUAUUCAAUCCAAAGUUAGUUUCCGCUUCUCACAGCCUCCUCCAAGAGAGGUAGAGAUACUGUUAGAGCUUACUGCGGGCAGAAACAAGAUUCCUUUGCCAAAAUCUAUUGCAGGACCCAGUGUUCCACUCCCGCCUGAACAGGACACAUUGCUUAGUCCAAACUACCAGCUAAUUAUACUUUCGAAGAAGCCAGCUUCAACAGAACCUGAAGAAACAGAAGACAAUGAAGAUAUGACAAAUCCUGCACAACAAACAUCAGAGCUUCGAAGCCGAAACUCCUCAAAGGAUCUCUUUCCCUCUCUCUAG